AUGGCCACGCUGCCCCGCAGGAUCAUCAAAGAAACCCAGUGUUUGCUGGCAGAACCAGUUCCUGGCAUUAAAGCAGAACUAGAUGAGAGCAAUGCCUGUUAUUUUCAUGUUGUCGUUGCUGGCCCCCAGGAUUCCCCCCUUGAGGGAGGGACUUUGAAACUUGAACUCUUCCUUCCAGAAGAAUACCCAAUGGCAGCACCUAAACCCAAAAUUUAUCAUCCUAAUGUAGACAAGUUGAGAAGAAUAUGUUUAGAUAUUUUGAAAUAUAAGAGGUCCCCAGCAUUGCAGAUCCACACAGUUCUGCUAUCAAUCCAGGCUUUGUUGAGUGCUCCUAAUCCAGAAGAUCCAUUAGCGAAUGAUGUAGCUGAGCAGUGGAAGAUCAACAAAGCCCAAGCCAUAAAGACAGCAAGAGCGUGGAAUAGGCUAUAUGCCACGAACAAUAUUUAAGUCGAUCAGAUCAUCAAGUGUACACUACUUCUCCUGUUCUGCCAAAACUUUUUCCUUUUUUUUUUGUUUGCAUUUAAUGGACACAGUCUUAGAAACAUUACAGAAUAAAAGCCCAGGCAUCUUCAUCUUUGGUGAUUACACACACAUUAG